CUCGAUCUGCGCCGGCAAGCGAGGAGCAUAUGCCACCGUACCCUGCUGGUAUCAAACUCUUCUCAAUAGGAAUCGGUCUGGUUCUUGCCGUUAUUUGCAGCAAUCUGGACCGUUCUAUUCUCAGCGUUGCUAUCCCAAAGAUCACAAGCGAGUUCAAUUCGCUGGACGACAUGGCGUGGUACGGGUCUGCAUAUCUACUGACAUCGUGUUGUUCGCAGUUGAUGUUUGGGAAGCUGUACGCCGCAUAUAAAAUCCAGUGGAUCUUCUUGGGCGCUCUGGGUGUCUUCGAACUUGGCUCCAUUUUAUGUGCUGCUGCUCCCAACUCUAACUGCCUGAUUAUCGGUCGAGCAAUUGCUGGGCUAGGUGCAACCGGGAUCUCUACCGGAGCUCUCCUAAUCAUUUCCCAUAGUAUGCCCGUCCAUCAGAGACCCAAGUACACUGCUAUGAUUGGGGCAUGUGUGGGUAUUACGAUUGUCAUUGCACCCUUCUUAGGAGGAAUUUUCACCGACAAGCUCAGUUGGAGAUGGUGUUUUUGGAUCAAUCUCCCCUUGGGAGGUCUGACUUUUAUCACCAUCUUCUUCCUAGUUCAACUUCCCAACCCACCCAAGAAGCAGACAACAGGCUGGAGAGGCCUUCUGGAUAUUAUCGAUAUUCAGGGCACCGCUCUUCUUCUGCCAUCCACCGUUUGCCUUCUUUUGGCGCUCCAAUGGGGCGGUACUGACUACGCCUGGAACAGCUGGAGAUGCAUUCUUCUCUUCUGUGUUUUCGGCUUCUGUGGUCUCAUUUGGUGCUACGUCCAAGUGCGAGAGGGUGAUAAGGCCACCGUUCCGAUGCGCCUCCUAAGAAUGAGAUCUAUCCUGGCAGCCAUGGUGUUUGGAUUUGCCUUGUUUGGAGUAAUGUUCCUGCAAUCAUACUACAUGUCUAUCUGGUUCCAGGCUGUCAAGGGCGUUUCAGCCUAUCGAGCAGGUGUCUAUUCACUUGCCAGCACAGGCGCAAUGACAGUGGCAUUCCCUGUGACAGGCAUCCUGACGAGUAAAACCGGCUACUACGUGCCCGGCAUGAUUGCCGGCUCCAUCCUGAAUAUCAUCGCCAGCGGACUCAUGACCCGGUACGGUGUCCACACCAGCACAGGCUACUGGAUCGCUGGCUCCAUCCUCUCCGGACUCGGCUUCGGCUUCGGCGGCCAGCAGUGUAUGAUGGUACCCCAGACCAUUCUUGAGGGCGAAGAUAUCGCCCUUGGGACGGCGGUCAUCAUGUUCGCCGAGACCAUCUCCGGCACCAUCUUCCUGGCUGUCGGCGAGAGCAUCUUCGAGAACAAGUUAGUCAGCGAGCUGCGCGACCAUGCGCCCACCGUCGAUCCGAGCAUUGUCAUCGCUAACGGUGCCUCGGGCCUACGCGCUGCUAUGGGCGAGAUCUACGGCGUGCAGGUCGUCGAAGAGAUCCUGGUCUCGUAUGCAGACGCUCUGCAGCCCAUCUGGAUCAUCACUGUGGCCCUCGGGGCGUUGAGUCUGGUGGGUGCUGUCUGCACCGAGUGGGUGAGUGUGAAGAAGGGUAAGGAUAGUAGGGUCGCCGUGGAAAUGGAUGCAAUCAAGUCUGAGGCUUAA